CAGCUGGUUGCUUCAGUCUCACUUGUUAAAAGGAUAUGUAGGUUUAUAAAUGAUAAGUCUCUGCGGGGGGUGGGGGGUGAUAUUUUACCCCAGCUCAAUGCUGUACAAAACGUGAGACAACUUAUUGCUCUUCUGAGCAAGAGGAUUCCAAGAGCAAGGAAGAAAGCUGCUGAUAGAGUUCUUUCCUUUGCUUACUUGGUGCCAGAUGUUACCAAAGUAUUUCACCCAGACUGUUAUAGCUCUCCCCAAGAUAAUUGAAUGCUGAAGUAUUCACGUUUGUUAGCAGGUUCUUCACUUUGUUUAAUAAGACUGUUUCAUGUUGUAACUGUGGAACACGGGUAUCAUCAAAUGGAACUAGCGUAUAAAAUAAUGACACCAAGAAUCUGGAAAUGCCAAUCUUUGUUAUUAAUGGAAUACUGGCAUGUUUUUAUGAAGGUGGUAAAGGGCAGUAACUUGGCUCCCCUGCCAGCAGCAUGAGGAUACCAAGUUGUGUAUGUUACUGAAGGACAAAAAGGAAGUCAGUGUUAGAAGUAGAAAUAAAACUUAGGUCUGUUUGUUGUCACAUGCUUGCUUAUCAUCCUUCAUAUGAACACGCUUGUUUGUUUUUAAUAUAGCAACUACUCCCGGCCAUGAUGUUCUCAUUUUUUCUCUACAUAUGUCUAUAAAAGAGGUAUUUGCUGUUAAACAGGAUGGCCGUUUAAGUACUUAGACAGUCAAAAGAUCAUUUUUGAAAAUGGGAGCUAACUGACUAUGAUAAGCAUGUACUGUCCCUUAGCCUGCUGUACCUAUGGGUCUGUAACUGUAAUCUUCUGCUGCUGACAGUAAAUUCAAGCAAAAAAAGUAGAAUAUGGUAGCUUACUGCUGGUGUACUAAGACGGAUCCAUUUUUUUUAAACCACCAAAUUCCAAUUUAUAUUUUAUUUGGGAGCUUUUGGAAUUGCCUUGUGUUUUUUCUUGAGGACAGAGGAAGUUAGGAAAUGUGGCUAUACUUGACAUCCUGCUUAGCUUUUUUCAAAUUACAUAGCAAACAAAACAAAGGGAAAAGGAUAUUAUAAUACUUAUUACUAAAAACUGAAGUCUUAGUCUUUUAUAUUCAAAGGAAACAGAGGUGGUUAUAAAACAGAAAUUGGAGCUUUAUACGUGUUUAACAUGCCUAGAGAAUAGGGGAAUGAAAAUGUAUGUGCUGUGUUUUAUAUUUUUGUAACUAAAGAACUUACACUUCCAGGUCAGUCUGUGAUCACUGAAUUUAUAUGUGUUCUAUCCCAUUUUUGUGUGUUCUAGGCCAUGACAGUAGCAAUGCCAGGAGUAAAGUUACCUUGUUAGCUUUUUUUAUUUUGAGGUGGUGUUUUCAGUAGCUUGCCUCUUAGUCAUACUGAAAGUUCCCAUGAUAAAUAUGUUUGAGCUGGGUUAUUCUGGAAACUUUAAGCUAAAAUGACAUAGCAUUUUGAAAAUUACUUUAAGAGAAAGUAAAGAUGUUAAUGUAAAGGGGGGGGGAAUGCUUGUUUGCCUUAUUUAAGAGCAUAUCAACACUUGCAUUCUGGAAUUUAGCAUUGCAGAGGAGAGAGGGGAAGAGAGUGUAAGCAUUCACACGGAGCGUAUGGCUGUUCCUUGAGAAACUUCAACGAAUCAUAAGCUCUUGAAAAACUGGUUCGCACAUCUUAGUCAGCAAAUAUUUAUUAACUAAAUGAUCUGAAUAUUCCAUGUAACACAAGUGUCUUCCUGUCUGUUGGUCCUUGCAUGUCACCUGACUGUGCAGUCAUCAUCUGGACCAAGUAGUUAAGCAUGAUGCAUCCCACAGCAGUAGGUGAUGGGAGGUAGGAGAGCAGCCUGAGGAUUUCAUUCUGCAAUGCCAAGAGCUACCUGGAGGCAGGAUACCUAGCAUGCUGAGGUUUGUCCUCUACGUUGUACAUCAGUGGGAUCACUCUGCUGGAACAAGAUAAUGUUAUCUUCAAUCCAUUGAAGGAAAGGGAAUAUUUGUUCAUACUUAUGAUGAUUUGACAUAACUAAUGUUUUAUUAACCAUGAUGGCAACACAGACAUUAAGUAUAGACAACUAUCAAGAUGGACAACAGAUGCAAGUAGUAACAGAGUUAAAAACUGAACAAGAUCCCAACUGCUCUGAAACUGAUGCAGAAGGGGUGAGUCCUGCCCCUGUAGAAUCUCAAACUCCAAUGGAUGCAGACAAGCAGGCCAUUUACAGGCACCCACUAUUUCCCUUGUUAGCACUAUUAUUUGAAAAAUGUGAACAAUCUACACAAGGCUCAGAAGGUACAACUUCUGCUAGUUUUGAUGUAGAUAUUGAAAACUUUGUAAGGAAGCAGGAGAAAGAAGGAAAACCCUUUUUCUGUGAAGAUCCAGAAACUGAUAAUUUGAUGGUAAAAGCAAUCCAAGUUCUACGUAUCCAUCUGCUUGAGCUAGAAAAGGUUAAUGAACUCUGUAAGGAUUUCUGUAGCCGUUACAUUGCCUGCCUGAAGACAAAAAUGAACAGUGAAACUCUAUUAAGUGGAGAGCCUGGAAGUCCUUAUUCACCUGUGCAAUCUCAGCAAAUUCCAAGUGCCAUCGCAGGCACACUCAGUCCCCAAGGGAUUAUGGUGCCAGCAUCAGCAUUGCAGCAGGGAAAUGUAACUAUGGCAACAGUAGCAGGGGGGACAGUGUAUCAGCCAGUCACAGUGGUCACUCCACAAGGUCAAGUGGUGACACAAGCACUGUCACCUGGGACUAUUCGGAUUCAGAACUCUCAGCUUCAGUUGCAAUUAAACCAAGAUCUAGGCAUCUUGCAUCAAGAUGAUGGCUCAUCGAAAAAUAAGAGAGGAGUUCUUCCCAAGCACGCUACAAAUGUGAUGAGAUCUUGGCUUUUUCAGCACAUAGGGCAUCCAUAUCCAACAGAGGAUGAGAAGAAACAGAUUGCAGCACAAACAAAUCUGACACUACUCCAGGUUAACAAUUGGUUUAUCAAUGCUAGAAGGCGAAUUCUUCAGCCAAUGCUGGAUUCCAGUUGUUCUGAAACUCCAAAAACAAAGAAGAAAACAGCUCAGAACCGACCGGUUCAAAGGUUCUGGCCUGACUCCAUUGCCUCAGGAGUUGCUCAGCAGCAAUCUAACGAGCUCACGAUGUCGGAUGGUGCUGUUGUAACAAUUACAGCUCCAGUCAACAUGAAUGUAGACAGUCUCCAGUCUUUGUCAUCCGAUGGUGCUACUUUGGCUGUUCAGCAAGUUAUGAUGGCAGGGCAAAGUGAGGAUGAGUCUGUAGACAGCGGUGAAGAUGAUGGAGGAGAUCUCUCAACAACAAAUAUCAGUGGGCUGGUCUUGGAUAACAGCGAUUCUCUGCAGUAGGAAGCAAGAGAGUGUGACAAAAUGUUUAGGAAAAAGAAUGGACUGACUGACUGACUGUUUUUAUAGUUUGCACAGCAAACAUUUUACACAAGUUUUAUUUCUAAUAUGUUUUAUAUGUAGAUAUAGAAGGGUGCACUUUUUUGUAUUUCAUAGUAAGCUUAAAGAGUGUUUUUGCAGGUGCAGCAACUUCUUUCAAAUGUGUUUUUUUCAUUUCUUAUUUCAGAAAAUUUUAUCUAGUAAUAUAAAGAACCACAUAAGCACCCCUUUGUUAUAUGAAUUGGAAGUGCUGCAAUUUCUAAAGAAUUAUGCAGUUUCAAUUAGUGCUGUUAUUUAACACAGCUCUUGAUGGGCAGGUGAUGUAAAUUUAAAGCAUGUGACACUAGUGUGUGGAACUUGAUCGUUAAGUUAGAUGCAUAUAUUUGAAAGAUGCUUCUGCACCUUAAAAACUGCUAGUCUGAGGUGGACAGCAACACACAUAAAAAGAAAAUGUUGAUGUGUGAUUCAGUAGCGAAUGUAUGGCAAUUUAAAUAAGUUUAGUUUCUCUCAUAGUCUGUGAGCCUGUUUAUCAUUUGCUAUAAAAACUCCUAUUUUUACCUUGCUGGGGUUAUUGGAUAAAAAAUAUUUUUAUAAAUUCACUAGGAAUUGGGAUGACGACUGUAUUAAGCAGGAGGGGAAAAAAAAAAAAAAAAAAGAAUUUCCAGAGGGGAAAAAAUAAAUAUUUAGUAUUCCUAUUUGGAAGGUCUGAAAACUGACCAAAUUUAAUAAACAAGCCUACGCUAGCAUUCUAUGAUUCUCAGCUAUCCCACAGUGAUAUAUUAUAUUUGAUAAUAGCAUAAGAACAGCCCACUGUUUGAUGGGAUUUUGAUAUUGUCAAACAUUGAUUUAUAUUAUGUGUAAACUAAUAUUCAAAUUACAUUAACUCUGUGUCUAGACUUGUAUCUGAAGAUAUUUGCUAAAUGAGUAUUCAGGUAAGUAAAUUCAAAUACCCACAACUUUUCCAGUUAUUAGAGAAAUUUAGCAGUUUAUAGUUUGUACAACUGAAUCUGAAAAAUGAAAAGUUGCCUACUAUAUGCUCAUGAAUUCUGCUAUCACUCUGCUAUUUUAUUGCAUUUUAAAUAUUUUCCCCUAAUACAAAAAGAAAUAUAACUUAUGGAUUUAUAUAAAAUUUCUUCAAAUCUGAAGGAUACUACCAGAAUAUACAGCAGGCUUUAUUAGAGUAGAAAUCCUUGUGUGUCAUUUAAAAACUAAGAGGUAGUGAUGAAAAUGCCUUUUUUUUUUUUUUUUUUUUUUUGGUUGGGUUGUUUGUUUUUUUUUUCGUGAUAACAGUUCAUUUCUUUUUUUCCCAAAGUUUGGAGUCUGUGUUUGUCUAUCCAUGAAGACUUACUUUUGGAACUUUGUAUUUACUGUUGUUAAGUACAAAUAACAGACUCCAAGAGUCUCAUGGUAUGAUCAACGUCCUCUUUUCCCCCUGUCCGUUUGUCACAAUGCUGGGUUAGAUCAAGGCCAGAACUUCCUUCUGAUUUAGACCAAAUCUAGUUGCGUUUCCAACGUGACAAGGAAAAAAAGUUAGCUUUUAGAAUCUUUAGAUAUUGUAUUUGAACAAAGCCCUUUGAUAGGUGCAAAUAUUUAAUUGAAUACUUAAUUUCUGCUUCACAAAACACUCAGGCAUGUGCUUAGGUCCCAUUGAUUUCAGCAGGAUUAAUGCAUGUACUUUUCGACCUGCUUAAAUGGUUGGAAGCUGGUCUUUAAAGAUUGUCUUUCAAGGCAAGCAUAAGUUGGUAUGAAGAAAAACUUCAGAAAUAAAUGUCAGUAGCAUUGGCAUACAUACGUGGAGAAUAAUACUAGUUUUUAGUGACGAGUAGCUAUUUUGAAAAAUUGGCGUUGGGUUUUACUCAACACAAGUGAUGUUUCUGCUCUGGCUUUCACUUAUUUCUGGCUGAGGAUGUUGCUGCUUAGUUCAAGUGCUGUAAUGAUCUACUCCAGCUGGAGUGGUAAUUUCUAAAGAAUUUGUUUUCUUCUAACUUCUCUGCUUUGCCACUAAUGUGCCAUGUUUGUUAAAGAGCAUAGUAAAUGAAUAAUGAAAGAUUUAAUUAGGAAGGCUUUGACAUAGCAUAACUAUCUCAAAGGCUAUUGUCAAAUCUAGCUUGACCCCAAAACAUUUAAAGACAGGUGUCAUACACAAAUCAUGCUCAUUUGGAAACAUUCAGCCUCCUGCUUCUACAAAGGGUACCUGAGAUGACUAGAACUGAGAGACAGAUUCUGUAUUUUUCUUAACUCCCUAAGUGCUUCAUCACCCUCACAGUUUCCAUUAUAUAGUAGGUUGUAUAUGUUGGUUUGUUGGGGGUUUUUAUUCAGCUACCCUUGUUCACAUUUAAUAGUGCGUUAAUCCUUGUACUUCUAGCACAUAGGCAGAUGAAUAGUCUACUUCUCAGUGCAUACAGGCCUAUGCACAAAUAUGAGCUUUUCCAAAUCAACCUAUGCUGGAGGAACAGGCCAUUUCUCACUGUCUCCUUUCCCUCCCUGACCAGUUGUUGCUGCCUCAGAUCUACCAGCAGAGCUUUUCCCAGCCUGCUUGGAGGUAGUUUAGGAAGCACCUCAGCUGGCAGACUUGUUUGGGUUAGCAAGUAGCCAGCAGCGAAGGGAAGGGUAAACCAAAAUGGGCAAAACUUCUGUGGUUUGGAGAUAAUGUGGCAAUGGGCACUUGCCCACACGUUGAAACUAUGAGAACUGAGAUCUUAAAAAGAGAGAGGGUAUUAAGACAAUUUAAUAUCUAUACAGCUAGCUGGAAGAGGGUUCAGGAAUAUGUAGUUUACGUGCCACUUGGAACUCAAUAGGAGACAACAAGGCAUGAGGGUUUGUAAACUUCUGAAAGUUUAUUUUUCAGAAAGAAACUGUUAUCUGGUUAGGUUUUUCUAUUCGCCCCACCUUACCUGCAGCAGAAGUUUUAUUUUUCUGAAACAUUUGCAACCUUGUCUUCAGCAAGUUUAUCAAUAUCUGGAAAGUGAAGUUGGCAGAAUUUACUGUGAAAGGGGGAAUACGGAGUAGUUUUACUGUCAAAUUAGAAACAAAAACAUAGGAACGUGAAUUCCUAAAGCUGAAAAGGCUUUACCAAGUUAAUCAAAGGUAUUGCCUAAUAUAUGGAACUCAAACCUUGUCUUUUAAUUUCAGUGAGAAUUCUGUAGUGGUAUGAACUGCACAGAAAUUCUUGUUCUUUUCAUGAUUUU